CUUUUCAAGUCUCCCCCUAUUAACAUUUCCCCUUUUUUAUUUUUAUUUCAUUUGUUUUCAUAUUUUUUUUUAUUUUAUAGGGUUAGGGUUUCUCUUCGAAGAAAAUGUUGCAGAAAACCCCUUCGUCUCUCUUUAUAUUGCGGGAAUUUUCUCUGGAGCAAGUUUCCAGGUCAACCAUGGCUUGAUUCUUUGGUUCUCUGAUCAAAGUUGCUCAGCUAUACCCGUUUAGUACAAGUCCACUUCUUGAACAACUAGAAGCAAUGUACCAGGAAGGAGCCCCUGAGUUUGUUAUUGAUCAGGGAAUAUACUACCCUACCACCAACUAUGGAUUGUACUGUACAGGUUUUGAAUCACCCGUUGAAUGGGAGGACCACCAGAAUAUUUUUAGUGCAGAUGGUCCAGAUGUCCAAUAUGCGGGUGCCCAAACUGAAACUUUGCCUUAUGUAUAUUACACACCUAGCUAUGGAUAUGUACAGUCUCCAUACAACCCAUACAAUCCUUACAUACCUGGUGCUGUGAUGGGUGACGGCUCAUUUAUAGGGGCGCAACAAUAUUACACCCUUCCCCCAUAUCAAAACCCUGUAUCUCCAUCUGCUUAUGUUCCUGUUGUCAUUCAACCAGAUGGCAUCCCAAAUAGUUCAACAGACUCUUUGUUAGAUGCUCGUGCAUCAAUUGCCAAUAGACCUGAUGGAAGAGGAGUUAAACAUAACCUUGCUUCAGCAUCUGCAGCCUUUUCUAGAAACUCUUCAAAGUCUGCCCCAAAUCAGACUGAUUCCUUGACCAGGGUGUCGGAUGGACAAAGUAAGCAAUCUGGUAUCCAUGGAAGCAUUCCUGAUAGUUCUGGUCUAGCUUCAGCACGUGCUCAUCAGGGUAGAAUUGCUUCUGGUUUUGGCAACAUUCCUGGUGGGAAACUUCCAUCACAUCGUAAUCAAUUAAAAGCGGAUCUUCCUGUUGGUAAUGCAUUUUCUGACUAUGGUUCAAGUGCUCCUGGACGUGGUACAUUGGAUAUGCUUCGACCCAAGAUCCAUGUUGGCAGGGAUUUGAAUGAUGCACAUGGAUUCCCAGAUACAUUGGGUGAACAGAAUCGAGGCCCUAGAACCAACAGAUUAAAAAACCAACUCAUGGUUAAAGCUUACACAACUAAAGCAGGAAAUACUGAUGCCGAAGGAAACAUUAUUAUCUAUACUGACCAAUAUAACAAGGAUGAUUUUCCAAUUGACUAUGUUGAUGCAAAGUUUUUUGUAAUAAAAUCUUAUAGUGAGGAUGAUGUACACAAGAGCAUCAAAUACAAUGUUUGGUCAUCUACACCCCAUGGAAACAAGAAACUAGAGAGUGCUUUUGAAGACAUGCAGAAAUUAGCUGCAGGAAGGCCUAGCGGCUGCCCCAUCUUCCUGUUCUUUUCUGUUAAUGCCAGUGGACAAUUCUGUGGUGUUGCAGAGAUGAUUGGCCCAGUUGACUUCCAGAAGGAUAUGGAUUUCUGGCAGCAAGAUAAGUGGAGCGGAAGCUUCCCUGUCAAGUGGCACAUCAUUAAAGAUGUUCCGAAUAGCCAUUUUAGGCACAUCAUAUUAGAGAACAAUGAAAACAAGCCAGUGACUAAUAGCAGGGAUACGCAAGAGAUAGUGUACAAGCAAGGUAUGGAGAUGCUGAAAGUAUUCAAAAAUCACACAAUGAAGACCUCUUUACUCGAUGACUUUAUGUACUAUGAAAAUCGUCAGAAAAUCAUGCAGGAAGAGAAAGCCAGACUACUAAUUAAAAGCUUUGAGAGCCCAAUCCUAGCACCUGCAUUGGAUCCUGCCAAUAAGCCAAACUAUGUUGAGCUACUUCUGCAUGAAAAUGAGAUAACUAUGAAGCCAAGUGAUCCUGACAUGUUGAAGAGAACUGUUCCUUCUUCUAGUCAGCAGGUUUCUGAAGAUUCUGAUAUAACUAAUGCAAGAACCAUGAAUGAAAACGUAGAACGAAUUCCAGUGGAAGCCAAAGAUGAUGUAUCUACCUUAAAGAUUGGCUCACUCACUAUAAAUCCAAAGCAAGCUGAGCCUAAACCCUCUGCAGAUGCUGCAGUUGCUGCUAUGGAUAGUGAAGCUGUUGAGGUAGUAACUGUGGGAUCAAUGCCUGUGAAAGUCAAUGGAUUUACUGAAUCUUCUGGUUUUCUAACGGUUGGUACUAUCCCUCUUAAUCCUAAGACCCUACAACUUGAUGAAGGAGGUGUUUCUGGUAAAAAGGGUAUGGGUCGUGCUGAGGCUUAUGAUUAACUGUGGACUUAUUUUUCGGCUGGAACAUGCUCUACCUUGGUAGUUAUGGUGCAGUCUUGACUGUUGUAAACUUGAGUGUAUCAUACUCAAUUGUUUCAGGAUGGUUAAUCGAAAUACUUGUUCAGGUCAGGUUUUACUGUUUUCCACCCCCCCUUUUCUUCGGUCUUUUACUUACCCAAGCUGGUUUCCAAUCCAUCAAUACUCCAUACUGACAGUCGGUCAUUUACUUUUUUUCUGGGGGGGUGCUUGCUUUCGUUUCUGAAAUUAAGUGGGAAUGAAUACAUUGUAAUCUUUUAUUUUGCUUUUCAAUAUUGAUACAAAAAAUUCUCUUUUUCUUUUGCAA